AUGGCUUCAAAGCUUGUGGUUCUUGGAAUCCCUUGGGAUGUGGAUACAGAAGGAUUAAAAGAGUACAUGAGCAAGUUUGGCCCCCUGGAUGAUUGCAUUGUUAUGAAGGAUCGCUCAUCUGGUCGAUCUCGUGGUUUUGGAUACGUGACGUUUUCGUCAGUAGAGGAUGCAAAGAAUGUCGUUAACUCUGAGCAUAUUCUUGGAGACCGAACUCUGGAAGUGAAGAUAGCGACUCCCAAGGAAGAAAUGCGAGCUCCAGGAAACAAGAAAGCUACUAGGAUAUUUGUUGCUCGGAUUCCACAGUCUGUGGAUGAGUCAAUGUUUCGCAGGCAUUUUCAAACUUUUGGAGAAAUAACAGAUCUUUAUAUGCCCAAGGAACUGGGUUCAAAAGAACAUCGUGGAAUUGGGUUUGUCACUUUCCGAAGUGCAGAAUGCGUGGACAAUGUCAUGCAAGAAAAUCAUGAGAUUGAUGGUUCAACAGUUGUUGUUGAUCGUGCAACUCCGAAGCAGGAUGAAGAAGUCAGGCACCCUCCAAGGAGGGGGGGAGGAGCACAGGGCGAGGGUGGUUAUGGCUCGUAUAAUGCAUACAUUACAGCUGCUACCAGAUAUGCAGCUCUGGGCGUACCAACACUGUAUGAUCAUCCUGGACCAGCUUAUGGAAGAGGUUACUUGAAUGAGCCCCCUGUAUCAAGCAAAAAGAUUUUUAUUGGUAGACUCCCACAAGAAGCAAAUACUGAUGAUUUAUGGGAUUAUUUUGGCCGAUUUGGCAGAAUUGUGGAUGCAUACAUUCCAAAGGAUCCUAAAAAGAGCGGCCACCGUGGUUUUGGUUUUGUUACUUUUGCUGAGGAUGGUGUAGCAGAUCGUGUAGCGCGAAGAAGUCAUGAAAUUUUGGGACAGGAGGUUGCUGUAGACUCAGCUGCACCUGUUGAGGGUGGCCCCAGUCGAGGCGGUUACAUGGAACCACCUGCGCCACAUGGAGCUUACAGCCCGAUGAUGUCUUAUGGCCAGUUCUCUGGCAGUCUUGGUUAUGAUUAUGGUUAUGGUCCCAGUGGAAGUAGCAGCAGAUCAAGAGUACAGCCACGGUACAAACCGUACUGA